UCAAGUUCAGCUGGAGUUUGGGUAUAGACACAUUGGCUUCUCUUGGAUAGAUAUAGCUGAGUCCAUUUCCUUCUACUUAUAUCUGAGGUAUCUGCAUCAUGGAAACUGAAUGCUCGAAAAGAGUGUAUCAGGGCGUCCGGGUGAAGCACACUGUAAAAGAUCUCCUGGCAGAAAAGAGGUCACGUCAGACGAGCGGCCCGCGCUACACCGGUGUUUCAUCUCCUCCAAAUCCUUUUGUUCAAAUGACUGGUUCUCACAUGCUCCCGAGUUACUACGGCAUGAGAAGACCUUUCAUUUCGGACACAGAGUUCUGCUCCUCAACAAAAGCGUUUUCUGCGGACGUUUACCCCUCUUCACUUACUGGAAAAUCUCUCUCAUGUGAUAGUGGAUGCAUGUCUGGUUAUUCAUCUCUCAUAGACAGCUACUAUCCUGAGUCUUUUGGAGAUUAUCGCAGCACUCCUUUCUCCAGUGGAGGAAGCACAAUCUUCUCACCCUCUGCAUUGUCCUCUCUGCUGCCUUCUUACUCAAGUGACCCUUCACAUUACUUACUGAGGGACUCAUGGGAAACCGCAGGAACAGAAGUGGUGGAGGGUUUGUGUGGAGAUGCUCUUGCUCCAUUACCUCUGUCUACACCCAGUUCUCUGGUGAACCCUGAAUCCACCAGCCCAACACAGUUCCGCUCGUCGUCCCGAGGGUCCAGCAUGACGUCCUCACAAUCCUACUCUCUACACACACUGGAUGAAGUCAGUUAUCACUCUUCAUUUCAAUCGCCUUCCACCAGUUUUGCUUCUUCUUCAUUCAUGACUGAGCCUGCAAGCAAACUUGUGCCAGUUCUGCCCUCUGAAGACACUGAAAACACCUCUUCAGCCCUGAGCGACAGCCUGGUAUGGGGCAAAGAGGACACGGGCAGCACAUGGCCACAGUAUGAGGUCAGGAGGGCAUUCUGAGAUAUUCAGCUGUGAGGAUAUAAAGUAGAUCAACAUCUCUUCCAUACACAAGUAAGACCAUUAGCUCUGAAAAGGCACCAAAUUGUUAGUUUUACUUAACCGAGCUAAGGCUUAAAGGGAUUAGUAUUCCUAAAAAUAAAAAUCCUGCUAUCAUUUACUCACCCUCCAGU